AUGCCGCCAAAACUGAAUCUCGUUGGUCGACACCCCAUCACGAUCGACUCGGCCCUGGAGGAAGAGAAAAAUGUCAUAAACUGGGCCUCCUAUGGACCCGCGACUGACAAGCUCUACGAUCAUCUUUGGACGCAGAGGCGAGCGAUCGAGGCUCUGAUCCAGCAUCAUUUGGCGCUAGGCAAGCGAGACACAUGCACCGUGCUACCGCCACAGCACUGGAUCCGAGGCAGCUUCAACAUUUGCAUCUUGGUCGAGAUAUACUCGGCCCUCCCAUCGAACAAGGUACUCUUUCGUUGCCCCAUUCCGCACAAGCUCGCCGAGGCCAGAUACCCCGGCACGAUCGACGAGAAAUUGGGCUGCGAGGUAGGGGCGUACAUAUGGGUUCAAGAACAUUGCCCCGAGAUUCGUUCGCCCGACCUCUUUGGCUUUGGAUUCCUGGACGGUCGCCAUUUUACGCAUUCGAAACACAUGCCCUUCUUCUCUCGCCUCACCCGGCGGUUCUGGCGCACAGUCUACAAGUUGUUACGACUUCCGUUGCUUUCCCAUUACGUCUGGAACCCGCCGAGCCGUCAGGUAGGUUCGGCAUACAUGGUGUUGGAGUACCUUGGCCCCGAAACCGGUCGGAUGCUCUCCGAUACCUUUGAAACGUACCGCGACGAUGAAGUGCGGAGGCAAACGUUGUUCAAGGGCAUAUCGCGGAUAAUUCUCUCCCUCGCGCGCAUCCCUCAAGCGCGAAUCGGCUCCUUCCAGUUCAACAACGACAGCACCGUCACGUUGACGAAUCGGCCUCUGUCUUGUUCGAUGAUGAUCUUGGAAAAUGACGGCGCGCCAAGGACGAUGCAAAGGGAAGAUACGUACAGUUGCACCGAUGCAUUCGUAUCCGACACCCUCACCUUUCAUGAUGACCGUUUCCUGAGCCAGCCAAACGCCGUCUAUAGCGAGGACGACUGCCGUGGCCAGAUGGCUGUCAAGGCUCUGCUUCGAGUAUUGUCGCACGAUUUCAUUCAACGAGAACUCCGGAGCGGGCCGUUUCUGCUUCAGCUCACCGACUUUCACGCCAGCAAUAUUCUAGUUGACAAGCAGUGGAACGUCAUGGGCUUGAUUGACCUAGAAUGGAUAUGCGCCCUUCCGCCGGAAAUGCUCGAGGUGCCGUACUGGCUGACCGGCUGCGCGAUCGACCAGAUUAAAAACGAGAAACUCGAUAGGUACGACGAGGUGCGGCAAGAAUUUAUGCGCGCAUUUCAAGAGGAAGAGAGAGCAACCAAGGCCAAGGCCAGGCACGGCAUUCAGCUCUCAAAGGUGAUGCAGGGUAUGUGGGAGUCGAAAGGAGUGUGGUUCUGGCAUUGCCUGUCGUCUGUGAAUGCCAUGUACUUCCUCCUCGAAACGCAUUUGUAUCCGCCAGAGUCUCUUUCACUCGAUGCCGAGAUGAUUGUAUCAAGCUUCUGGUGUAGAGACCCGGACGAUGUUGUUCGGAAGAAGAUGGCGGACAAGCAAGCGUACGACGAUGAAGUUCGAAGCUUGUUCUGUGACUGA